GUUUUUAUCCGUGUGAGCAGAUGAGUGUCGCAACUGUGCAGGAAACAGCCAAUGCGAUUUGCCUGAAGGGCUCCACCGAGAUUUUGGCGGAAUAUUUUGAAUAUGCGGUUCACACCAUCAUCUACCAACGCGGAAUUUACCCUUCGGAAACCUUCGAGCGUCAGCAAAAGUAUGGAUUGACGUUGUUCGUCAGUACUGACGCAAGUAUCAAAGAAUUCGUCGAAAUCUCUGUUCGUCAAGCGAAGGAAUGGAUUCAGAAGAGUCUCGUUAAGGAUCUUUCGCUUCUCAUGAUGGAUGCUCAUUCCCACGAAGUUCUGGAAAGAGGCGAAAAGCGAAGUAAGAAACCGUUGAAAACGAUCCAAGCUGAAAUCGGAGCUGUUCUGCGCCAGAUUACAAGUGCAAUAUCGUUUCUUCCGCUGCUCGACCGUCGAUGCAUUUUUGAUGUUCAGUUCGUGCUAAAGUCGUCUGUGGAAUCAGAAAACAUUCCUCCAGCGUGGGAAGAGCUGCAGACAAAAGCCAUGCCCGCAAAUCCGCAAACGGUUCCGUUCAGAUCGUUUUCCACCGGACUUCAUCAGGUGGAUAGUGGCGUAUCUUAUAAACUGGAAGAGGAAAAAUCUGUGAUGAAUUAGUAUUGCAUUUUCACCUUUUGUGUGAGCUUUUCUCAUUCAGAAUCGGGGGAUUCUUUCUCCAUGAUGUGGUCUUGAAGGCUACGGAUGUGGUGCGGGUUUUUAAGCAUUUGUAUAUUUUUCAUACUGUAUUGCGCGGGAUUGCUCUUAUGUGCGUUGUGAAGCUAUGUAUUUAAUCGGCUUUUUGUUCUCCCGUCUUGUAUUCUUGACGAGAAAUAUAAGAUCAAAUGAAGCAGCCAUGAA